CCGUCACUCGGGCGACGACUACGAAGCUCUUCCCCACUUCGUUAUCUCCGUCCCUUUCUUCCUCUAAAACCCCUUCUUCUUCUUCUUCUUCUUCUUCUCCUCUCUCUCAAACCCUAGUUCCUUCCAAUGGCUCAAUCCCUCCACCUCCUCGCCCCCUCAACCCCAGCCAGAUCCCUUUCCAAGUUCUUCACCUCCUCCCCACUUGUUCGCCCCCCAUCUCUCGCCUUCUUUCUCCCCCGCCGCCGCCCCAUCCCUAUCCUCUCCGCUUCCACUACUCCUUCUUCCACUGACUUCAUCUCCGACAACGGAGGUGUCUCCACUGUCUCCUCGGCUGCCAUCGAUGUCGAUGCUGUCACGGAAGCCGAGCUCAAGGAAAAUGGGUUCCGGAGCACGCGGCGAACGAAGCUUGUUUGCACGAUUGGACCCGCUACUUGCCAGCCGGAGCAGCUUGAGGCCCUUGCUGUCGGUGGGAUGAACGUUGCGCGAGUUAAUAUGUGCCAUGGUGACCGCGACUGGCAUCGCUCUGUCAUCCGCGCUGUGCGCCGGCUCAAUGAGGAGAAGGGCUUCGCUGUUGCGGUGAUGAUGGACACUGAGGGGAGUGAGAUCCAUAUGGGAGAGCUCGGCGGCGCGCCCUCAGCCAAGGCCGAGGAUGGGGAGAUCUGGACAUUCAGUGUCAGGGCUUUUAAUUCACCUCUUCCAGACCACACCAUUCAUGUGAACUAUGAUGGCUUUGCUGAAGAUGUUAAAGUGGGUGAUGAGCUACUUGUGGAUGGAGGAAUGGUGCAGUUUGAAGUCAUUGAAAAGAUUGGACCAGACGUUAAGUGUCGCUGUACUGAUCCUGGCCUGUUGCUGCCACGGGCUAAUCUUACUUUCUGGCGUGAUGGUAGUCUAGUGCGAGAACGUAAUGCCAUGCUUCCCACGAUUUCGUCAAAGGAUUGGCUUGAUAUAGAUUUUGGAAUUGCUGAGGGUGUAGAUUUUAUAGCAGUUUCAUUUGUGAAGUCUGCAGAAGUUAUACAUCAUCUCAAAAGUUAUAUUGCUGCACGAUCCCAUGACAGUGAUAUUUCAGUGAUUGCUAAGAUUGAGAGUAUCGAUUCUUUAAAGAACUUGGAAGAGAUAAUCCGCGCAGCCGAUGGUGCAAUGGUAGCUAGGGGGGAUUUAGGUGCUCAAAUUCCUCUGGAGCAGGUUCCUUCAGCACAGCAGAGGAUAGUGAAGACGUGCAGGCAGCUCAACAAGCCAGUCAUUGUAGCUUCUCAGUUACUUGAGUCCAUGAUAGAGUAUCCAACACCAACUAGAGCUGAAGUUGCUGAUGUCUCUGAAGCAGUUCGGCAGAGAGCAGAUGCACUAAUGCUUUCUGGUGAGUCAGCUAUGGGCCAGUAUCCGGAGAAGGCAUUGGCUGUACUUAGAAGUGUAAGCCUAAGAAUUGAAAAGUGGUGGAGAGAGGAGAAACGUCAUGAAGCUAUGGAGCUCCCAGAUAUCGCAUCAUCUUUCUCAGACAAGAUAUCAGAGGAGAUAUGUAAUUCAGCUGCGAAAAUGGCGAAUAAUUUGGGAGUGGAUGCACUUUUCGUCUACACAAAGACCGGGGAUAUGGCCUCCAUCCUCUCACGCUGCCGUCCAGACUGUCCAAUCUUUGCAUUCACAACUUCAACAUCUGUGCGUAGACGGUUAAAUCUCCAAUGGGGUCUCAUCCCUUUCCGCCUUAGCUUUUCCGAUGACAUGGAGAGCAAUCUCAACCGCACAUUCUCACUGCUCAAGGCAAGGGGCAUGAUACAAUCCGGUGACCUGGUCAUCGCCCUCUCCGAUAUGCUCCAAUCAAUUCAAGUGAUGAAUGUCCCUUAAAGACUUAAGCGUGUCAUGAUACUCUUUGUUUCCUUAAUUUUUCCUCCGUCGCAACUUCUAGGGCAACAUUCUGAAGGGGUAGAAGCAUCGAGCUGUGUGUGGUUAUUAAAUUAAGGAUUUCUAUUUGCAAACUUGUUGAGCUAGCUGUGUAGUACAUCAAAUCUUGUAUGAUUGCAGUUAUGUUAAGAAGACACUGAACCGUUUGAGAUCUGCGUCCGAUCGCCGAUGUUCUAGCAUGAAAUUCUUGAAAAAUAAAGGAUGCAAUCUGAUGAGUUACUGAUGGGUUUGACAACA